AUGGAAGUCUCUGCCGGUGCUCGCUCUCCAUUUGUUCCGCUGGCUCCUGCGGCCGACCUUGGCAGCAGUGACCUCGGCAACAAAGUAGAGGAGCUAAGCUCCAUCGGCGGCCGUGGCUCCAUGGGCGGGGCAAGCGACAUCCGUGGCCGGGCUGGAUCGGACGGCGUGGGCGGCGGCUGUGGCCGGGCUGCGUCGGGCGCCGGUCGUGGCCGUGCCCGGGCUGCCCUGACUUUUUUAGCUUGGAAGAAAUUAAUGAGGAAGCAAACAGGACCAGGAUGGGAUAGAGCAAGAGGUGUUAUUGAUAUGGAUGAUGAGUGGUGGAAGAAGGCAAAAGCGAAAAUUCCAGGUGGUGGGAAGUUUAGGAAAAAACUAUUGCAAAAUGAGGAUGAUUUGUCAGUGAUAUUUGGUGAUAUAAUUAAUGAUCAAUCAGAUCAUUGGAAUCCUAUGAGCUCUAAUCCCAUUAUUCCGCCAUCUCAAGAGGUGCCUGCUGAUGUUGACAAUGGUAAUUUGCAUGAGUUUCUUGAUGAUUGUGACCAUGAUGCUGCCGUCGGGGAUGAAUCAGAUUAUCCCCAAGAGGUUUCUCCUUCUCCUACCAUUCUAUUGGUAAACAAAAGAAACCAACCAGCAAAGAAACCAAGAAUAGGCACAACACUAGUUAUUCAAGAGCAAGUAACUAAGAUUGCUGAGUCGGCCUCUUCUUUUACAUCUAAAAAACUAGGUGAAGUCACUGUCCAACAAGUCAUGGACCUAGUGUUGGAAUGUGGGGCAGGCUACGAUACAGAUGAGCACUACAUUGCUACAGAGUUGUUUGUGAAGAAGGACCAAAGGAAAAUGUUCAUGACCUUACCUACAAAUGAGACUAGAUUUAAUUGGCUUCGGAGGAAGUACAAUGCCAAGUAUAGCAAUUGA